CGGCGCUGAGCGGCAGUGGCGGCGGUGGCGAGUGUUCGCGGUCGUUGAGACGUUGCAGCUCAGAGCCGAGUCCUGCAGGCAGCCCCGCGCCUGUCCCCGCUGCCACCAUGGUGCUGUGCCCCCCGCCCGAGGAGGGCACCGUGGCUGUCGUGGUGCGUGUGCGGCCCCUGGCCCCCUGCGAGUGCGAGCGGGCCGUGCACCCGGUCCUGCACGUCGUUGGCCAGCACGUCAUUGUCCUCAACCCUGAGGAGCCCGGUGGCCCCCCCGGCAGCCUGCUGCCCCUUCGGGGGCCCAAGCAGCAGGGCAAGGAGCUGAAGUUUGUCUUUGACCGGGUUUUUGGGGAGGAGGCCACGCAGGAGGAGGUGUUCCAGCACACCACCUCCGAGGUGUUGGACAGCGUCCUCAAUGGCUACAACUGCUCCGUGUUUGCCUAUGGAGCGACCGGAGCAGGGAAAACCUACACCAUGCUGGGCUCGGAGCACAGCCCCGGCAUCAUGUACUUCACCAUGGUGGAGCUGUACAAGAGGAUCGAGGCCAGAAAGGAAGAGAAGAGCUGCGAGGUCCUAAUCUCCUACCAGGAGGUGUACAACGAGCAGAUUUAUGACCUGCUGGAGCCCAAGGGACCUCUAGCUAUCCGGGAGGAUCCCGAGAGAGGAGUUGUUGUUCAGGGCCUCUCCUUCCAUCAGCCUGCAUCAGCAGAGCAGCUCCUGGAGAUGUUGGCCAACGGCAACAAAAACCGGACGCAGCAUCCCACCGAUGCCAACGCUGCCUCCUCCCGCUCUCAUGCCAUCUUCCAGAUCUACGUGAAGCAGCAGGACCGCGUUGGCAGCCUCACUCGGGAUCUGAAGGUGGCCAAGAUGAGCCUGAUUGACCUGGCAGGCUCAGAGCGAGCGUCGGUGGCCAACACCAGGGGAGAGCGGCUCCGGGAGGGUGCCAACAUCAACCGCUCGCUGCUGGCCCUCAUCAACGUCAUCAAUGCCUUGGCUGAUGCAAAGAGCAAGAAAAGCCACAUCCCGUACCGGGACAGCAAGCUGACACGCCUGCUGAAGGACUCCAUUGGUGGCAACUGUCGCACUGUCAUGGUGGCAGCGGUGAGUCCCUCCAUGCUGGCCUACGAGGACACCUACAACACGCUCAAGUAUGCCAGCAGGGCCAAGGAGAUCAAGCUGUCGCUGAAGAGCAACACGCGCAGCUCUGACUGCCAUAUCUGUGAAUACGUCGAGAUCUGCGAGCAGCUGAAAGGGGAGGUGGCGGAUCUGCGGGCAAAGCUUCGUGCUUAUGAGGAUGCUGGCCAAGAGGCAGAGAACCAGGCGCCAGCACCACAGGCUCUCUCCAGCUUGAGCCCAGUGCAGUUACCCAGGUUGGAGGAAGCUGUCCCAAAGACAGGCUUGGCCCUUGAUGAUCAGAGGGUGAAUGCUGGAGGGGAGCAGGAGCUGGAAGCUGGUUUGCCUGUUCAGAUGCAGCUGGAAUUGGAGGAUGAGGCUCCAGAGGAAAUGCCUCCCAGCAGCCCUAGAGCAUCCCAUCGGGCAGAUCUGCAGCUGGAACCGGAGCAACCAAGGCUUGGAAGAAACAGCCUUCUGCAGGGGCUGUCACGCACAGAGAAGCCUGCAGCUGCUAUCCUGAGCGCCAUCCAGAAGCUGUAUUCCAUCCUGAAGGCUGCCAACCUCCUUACUCCUGGCGUGGUCUCUGUGCUUGAGGAGCUGGAGCACCUGGUCCCUCGGGACGCUGGUGUAAGCCCUGAGCAAGCUGUGUCUCUGAGCAGACCCACGGAGGUCAGCGGGGCCACCCCAGCCAAGAGGAUGAAGUGGAGCUGUGAUGCCGAGGCAUCUGUCACCAUGCCCAUUGCCCCUGUGACGAGUGCCACCCUGCAAUGCCUGCAGCAGCCUGCUCCAUUCUUCAGCCAUGGGCCCAUGGCUUCCAGCCCGAAUAAGAGGAGAAAGUCUCAGCUGGACAGUGCUUCCCCAUCGGGACGUCCCUGCAGCGUCAAAAGGCAGAUGAAACGCCAGCAGGGAUGUGGGAAAGCAGCAGAGAUUCCCAGGACACAGAGCCCGGGCACCCCCUGGCUCGAAGCAGAAGCUCAGACACCCCCUGGCUCCCCGGUGCCACCGUGUUACACCCGCAAAACCUGCCCAGCAGCAGUCACCAAAAGCCGUGUGCCCCUGGCCACGUCUGCUGCCCAGAACCGCUGCUCCCUGCCUGCCCACGACCUCAAUGUGACUUUUGAGGUCUGUGAGGAGAGCAGAGCUCCCAGCACCAUCGAGCCGGUUUCCAUCAGCCUGUCUGAAUUCCCCGUCUGGGAGAACAGCCAGUGCCUCCGGAAAAAGCAGGAUGGCCCCUUCAUGCCCAAAGCUCCCAUCCCGAUGUUGGCCAUGAAGAAUUCCUCCCUCCCCAAAGCAUCUGUGCUGAAGCGGAGGCGAGUGGAGAGCAUCGCUUUCUCCUGCCUGGGUGAGCUCCAGAGCUGCACUGCUCAACAUCAGAGCAGCAGCAAGAGAUGGAUGCAGCCCUCCCGCAUCCCAGAGCGUCGCUGCGGGGCUGGCACCCGGAAAGGCAGCAAGAAGACCCCCAAAGAGCUCGCCCCUGUCCUCCCUGCUCCCACCCCCCAGCCAAUGAAGCUCUUAUGCUGAUGGCUCCAAGAUCCUUCCCAAUGUCCCAAACCCAGGUACCAAACUUCUUCCUUCCUCUGCAUCCUUCCUGCAACCCCACAACGCUCCCCUUAAGCCUUUCUUCUUCUCAUAAAGUCACCCCCACGUCCCUGCUCUGUCCCCUGUUCCAUGUCCCCCCUCCUCAGCCCAGCCCUAGGUGUUUUUUGCAGCAGAUGGUUCAUUGUUGUUCCCUCUCAGCCCCUCUCCUAUCCCUGCCCCGGUGUCGAGUGCCAACAGAUGGGUGAUGCUAAGAACUAACAUGUGCUUUUAAUAAAUUGCUUCGUUUUAAAGCAGAGGGGUGAGGAGAGACAGUGGCUGGUUCUUCUUGGGUCCCCUCUGUGGGGGAGCAGGGCUUGGGGCCUGGGAAAGGCUCUUACUCCUGGGGGUGAGCUCCAUCAUCCUGGGCUUCCUGCGGGUGCCUUCUGCCCCCUUUUCUGUGCUGGGGUGGUCCAGGCUGCUCGUGCCGUGCCCUGGAGAGCAGGCCCAGCUCCUGCUGCUUUGUAUGUUUCUGCGCUGUUCCCCCCUGUGCUAAACCCCUGCUGCUGCCACCCCUGUCUCUGUGUCCCCCCACUCCAGCUGCCUGCAGCCCCCCCAUCCUGGGGCAGGGAGCUCUGAGCAUCCCUACCCUGGGACCACACUUGUCCCUCACCACCCCCUGACCCCCUUUCCUGCCUUGCCAGGGCCCAGCUGGGCACUGCCACAUCCUGCUGCCUGCACCAGCUCCUCCGAGCCACCCUCAAAGGUGACCAGGGGUGGUGGGAGCAGGAUGGAUGGUGGCCAUGGCUCCGGGUGUGCUGCAGUCCUGUGGGGAACCGGGCUCACCGGCUCCUCCUGCCCUACUUUCCUGCCUGGCAGCGGCACAUUCGCCUUUGUCUUCUCAGAGCCUGGAAGCUUCUAAUUAAAACUUCCAGCCUGCUCCUG